UGGUUUUCUAUUAAAGUGCAAGUCUGUUCCCACUUUAAAACAAACAGAAACUAAGCACUCCAGUGGCUUUCCGUUGCUCUCAGAGUAAAGAUCAAGAUCCUUUCCUUCUGCUGUGCCCCCUUCUCCGUUCUCAUGGUGCGCUGUGCUCCUCCUGGCUCCCUGUGCUGCGGCCACGCUGGCCCUUUUUGCUUCUCAUACAUACCUUAAUCUCUGAGCACAAGUCCUUAGUGUAUGCUAUUUCCUCGGGGCGAAUGUCUCCUUCAUCUUGCAGAUUCCUCCUCUAGAUCUGGGCUCAGCUGUCACUUGUUCGAGGAAUCUUCCCCGACCUUCCCGACCAGCUCGGCCCCCACUUCCAUCCCGUCAGAGGCUCCCAGAACACCGCCCAGGGCUGCUUUGUCACACACAGCAUAGUUUGGGUUUGACAUUUCUCCGUGGGCAUUUUUGCUGAACAUCUGCCUCCCCGCUAGGCUGUGACCUCCACAGGGAAGGGACAGGUGUACUUCAGCUGCCUGUUGAGGGCAGUGGCUGACACAGACCCUGGAGAAACGUGUGUUGCUUGCAUGACCUGUGGAAGACAGACGGAGGAGUUUUCGACAGUCACUGAACUCACUAGUUCUCUGCAGUCGCCACUGGUCGAGGAGCGUUCACUCCAGCAGCAGGGAGAGGGAGACGGCGAACAAGGAGGCACACGUGAACGCACAGAGCAGUGCCGGCGGGCAGGGGGACGGGACGCAGAAUGACAGCCGAGCGAGACCUGCAGAUCCAAUAGAGACAUCUCUCUGGGAGAUAAGGGAGCUUCUUCCUCAAGAUCCAGAAAGGAGCCUGGAGUGACCCCUGUGUUGGGAAUCCUCAGAAGGAAGGGCUGACGCGCCUGGAACCCGAGGAGCUCGCUUCCUGGGAGGCUCCUGUCUGAUGUGGAGGAGGCAGAAGGCCACACUGACGCUUCCAGGGCCGGCUACAGGGGAUCGAGACCGACACACAGUGUCUUGCCGUCUGCUGCAGGGGACGCUGUGCAGUCCUUUUUCUAGAAGUGAGAAGUACGAGAUUAUUCUGCAAGAGGAAGAUUCCAGGGGCUUAAAAACGCAAAGGUUUGCACCUUGGGAGCCCCUUGGAAUGUUGACAACUCAGGAUCUAAGAGAGAGUUCUGUGUUAAUGAGUUACAGAAUUCAUGUGGGAGGAAAUGUCACUUUAUAAUCAAUAAUAAUACUGAGUGAGGAACACUAUGCAGGAAGAAACCUUCUGUAGAAGGACAGGCAGGGAGAAGCUUAGGCCGACCUUAAACCUACCGAUUAGAGCAAGCCUGAGAUAAACUGCUAAAAUGGCCAAAUAAGAGACUCAGCGAAGUAGCAGUUGUGUAACUGUAGCAGUUGUAAGGAAGUUUUCUCCUCUAAAUCACGAUACCAAAUAGGAAAGAUGAUCUACAAGUGCCCCAUGUGUAGGGAGUUUUUCUCUGAGAGAGCAGAUCUUUUCAUGCAUCAGAAAAUUCACACUGCUGAGAAGCCCCAUAAAUGUGACAAGUGUGAUAAGGGUUUCUUUCAUAUAUCAGAACUUCAUAUUCAUUGGAGAGACCACACAGGAGAGAAGGUCUAUAAAUGUGAUGAUUGUGGUAAGGAUUUCAGUACUACAACAAAACUUAAUAGGCACAAGAAAAUCCACACUGUGGAGAAGCCCUAUAAGUGUUACGAGUGUGGCAAAGCCUUCAAUUGGAGCUCACAUCUUCAGAUUCACAUGAGAGUUCAUACAGGUGAAAAACCCUAUGUCUGUAGUGAGUGUGGGAGGGGCUUUAGUAAUAGUUCAAACCUUUGCAUGCAUCAGAGAGUCCACACCGGAGAGAAACCCUUUAAAUGUGAAGAGUGUGGGAAGGCCUUCAGGCACACUUCCAGCCUCUGCAUGCAUCAAAGAGUCCACACAGGAGAGAAACCCUAUAAAUGUUAUGAGUGUGGGAAGGCCUUCAGCCAGAGCUCGAGUCUCUGCAUCCAUCAGAGAGUGCACACCGGGGAGAAGCCCUAUAGAUGUUGUGGGUGUGGGAAGGCCUUCAGCCAGAGCUCAAGCCUCUGCAUCCACCAGAGAGUGCACACUGGGGAGAAACCUUUUAAAUGUGAUGAGUGUGGGAAGGCCUUCAGUCAGAGCACCAGCCUCUGUAUCCACCAGAGAGUGCACACAAAGGAGAGAAACCAUCUCAAAAUAUCAGUUAUAUAAAGCGUUUCGCUAAGAGUUAAAAAUCUUAAAACCCAUAAGUGCCACUAGGAAGGAAACCCUGUAAAUACCUACAUUGACCCAAGAAAUUUUUACAGCAAGCCCCAGCAGAACAUUCUUUUCAGAGAGGCAUCUGUGAGGUUGACUUUUUGAUUCACGCCAAGUCUGAUCCACAACCUGACUUGUGAAUCUGGAGUCCCUCAGAGUGUCUGCCCAGACGGGCUGUGAGGUCCCAGGCGUGCAUGUGCGUUUCCUGGGAUUGCAGCACAACACCUCAGUCGUUGAAAUACCGCACAGGAAACCAUGGUCAUUGCCCAGCCUCCUGAGUCACCUUCUGUCUACACUUUACCUGGAAGCUACCCCAGACACCCCGUCUUCGGGAGCUCAUGCCCGGCUUCUCUUGAUUCAGGCAUCCUGGUUAAUGCAUUUGAAAAUGGACAGCUCCCACUAAGAUAGUGUUCUGGUAUCUCUGAGGUUACCACUUAGCCCCUGCAUAUCUUUCCAUAUAUCCCAUUAUUUCUGAACCCGCUUUACCCAUAUGUCCUCAAAAUACCCAUAAAUAUCCACCCCUUCCUAGAUGGCAUUAUCUUUCGUUUUAGGUUUCAGGUGACUCAUAAUUUCCAUUCACUUGGCCUAUCAGAGAAAUCAUUAGCAGACAUACAUGCCCUUGAACUUUUCUUGAUUUUUUUUAAUUUUGUGGAUUCUGCUAAUCACUGUGUCUCUGUUAGACUUAAUUUUCUAGUGGCUACAUCACAUAUUUUUAACUUGAAUUUUUUUGGAAAUAGCUGAAUGUAAAUAGGGAGGAAGAAGCAAGCAAAGUUGGAACAUUCCUCCAUCCAGAACUGCCCUCUCGGGCACCUUUUGUGACAUGUGGAGCUCCUUACUAGCUAGGGGAGACCACUGGAGACAUGGAUGGUAGGAGUCACUAAUAAUAAUUAGUCUCUGUUUCUGUAAUUUUGGGCAAUAAUGUGUAGGAGUCCUUGCUACUCCUUCAUUGAGGGUUAUGUAUCAGUUCCUUUUCAGGCAUCACUGUCUGUGUUAAUCUAUCCUCCUUUUUUCCUUCAUUCAUUCAACAAGUAUUUAUUGAACACCUCCUACAUGCCAGGCAUGUGCUCGGUGCUGGGAGUGCCACUGAGUGAGACAGACAAGGGCCCUGCUCUCAUGGAGUUGACUUCUGGUGGAGGAGACAGAUGAUAAGCAAGUAAACAAAUAAAUGACGUAGUGUGAGAUAGUGAUUAAGUGCUAUGAAGAAAAUAAACUAGGGUGAUGAUUUAGUGUGGUGGGUGGGGUGGGGGGGGCAGUGUUAGGUAGCGGUCAGGGAAGGCCUUUCUCGGGUGGCGGUGGAUGGGAGCGGAGGCCCAGAGCAUCGGCUGCGAGCGCAGGCUGGGGGUGGCCCUGCCAUGGUCUCGGGAGGGGAGGUGGGGAGCGUGGAGCGCAGUGAGCGUGGGAAGGGGGGAGACGCUGAGGUGCUCCGUAUCCCAACCUUUAUAGGCCUUUUUUUUUUUUUUUUGGCUAGAUUGAUAUUAAAAACUCAUGUGGAGGAACUCAAGGAAUGUUUAGAAGACCAAAAGUCCCCAAUGACAAGAACAAAAGCAACUAAUUUUUAACUUUGUUUCUCUUCUCAUUCCUGUUUUCGUUGCUUUCCCACAUGUAGUCCUUUUGCUCAGGAAGUCUUUGGGGAAACUGAGGCUCUUUGAAGCUCUGAAAUGGGGGUCAGGUUAGUGGUGUCUGUCAGCUGUCUAUGGGGAUGGAAAAUGAACUCCCCAAAAUAGUCAUCGAAAUGCUGAAACAAAGCGUGAUUUCUCUUCAUAUUUGAAUUAAUUUCUUCUGUUAGACUGGAAGGGGUUUUUGUAUAACUAACACCUCAACGUGUAAAGGAGAUUGAAAAGGAGCACACAAUUUAGUGGGUGGGCCUGAGUGGAGCUGGCAUUUGCGGGUGAAUUUGUCGCUGUCUGGACUUGCAUCCAGAUGUCUCUGUAACAGGCCUUGGGAAGUCGCUUCUCACGCAUCUCCUUUCACAGAGGGCUGGCAUCGUUAUUCGAGUGAGCCCCUUCCAGGCCUGAACUCCUCGACUGCGAUUUACUGUGGUGUCUUACCCCUCUUUCAUGUCACAGUAGUGUGGAGCACUAGAGAAAAGCCUAGACUUUUAGUUGAUAGAGAGCCAGUUGAAAUAUCAUUGAUAGAAUUUUAGUUUUAGGAAAAAUUGGUUUGAUUUCUAGCUUUAUUACUAUUAGGUAUAUGAGCUUGGGCAAAUCGCUUAAUCUUUGAGUCUAGUUUUCUCACUUGCAAAAUGAGGAUAUUAGGCUAAAUGAUUUCCGAGUUUCCAGCUAGUCCUAGAGUUCUAUAUUUCUACAUAGUUGAAUUAUUUUAUCAUGCUGUUGCUGGGGAAUAUGACUAACACUUUUGAAGCUACUAAUUUUAUGUCAAGCUUUAAAGUCCAUAAUUGUUAUCUUCGGAAAAUAUUAUUUGACCUACAGUAUGUCCAAAUCAAUUUAAUAAAAUCACUUUAUAACGGGG